AUGGAGCGCCAAGAUCACAUCUCGAGUUGUGCGCCGGAGGUGGUACCCUGGCAGGGCGGCAUCGAAGCCGUUAAUGACAAAGAUACCCAGAAGAUCGCGUACACCGCAGGUUGGUCGCAGUACACAGAAGGAAAAUACAACGCGGCGGGGGGAUUCAAACAGCGAAUAUGCGGAUUGACACCGAAGAUCUUCUGGAUCCUGGUUGUCGCGUUGGUCGUGAUUCUUGCGGCGGGAAUAGGAGCCGGCGUUGGGGGUGGAUUGGCGAGUCAGAAAAGUCAUGCCGACGCGUCUUCCUUACCAGCUGAGAGUAGCACGGCCCCGACAAGCACUGUCGCAGAUAUUUCCACCUCCUCGACAGCGACGGCAACCACGACGGGUGAAACGUCGACGAGCACAAGCAGCAAAACCUACGGACUCUUAAACUCCGGCUGCAACGCAACCGACAACCAGUACUACACGCCCAACAACCCGGCCGACGAUUCGAGUCCCUUCACCGUCAACAACCGCACCUUGAAAUACAAGAUCCACUGCUACGAGAACAUCCCCGACAGUAUGUCGUUCAACAACCCGCAAAUCACGAAACUGGGGCAGCUGAAAGGUCUGCGCAGUUUGCAAGAAUGCAUCAAGGCGUGUGCGACGCUCAACUACGUUAUUGCGAACGCAAUGGGGGGCGAAUCAGCCGAGGUCCCGUUUAGCAAGCUCUGCAGCGGAGUGGUCUACUCGUAUCAGAAUUACAUUGCGGGACAACCGAUCAACUGUGACCUGAACAGCGGGGUGCACGAGAAUGCAUCGAGAGUCUCUUGGACUGAUAAUCGGGGUCCCGAAACACAUACUCAGGUCGAUUCGGCGAUCUUGGAUUGGGAGGAUUGA